CUAAUGUGUGUAGUGUUGUCAAUGUAGAAGUGCAUGCAUGUACAUGGAGCAUAUCGACCAGUACAGAGAUUUUAAUAUAACUAUUGUAGUUCAAUUAUGUGGAGUAUUCGAGUGGUGGUUAGAUACAUGUAUGCAUGUGUCUGCAAUUUGGUGCUUGGAAUGUUUCUCAGUAUAAUUACCCGAUGUGCGUGGGCGGCCACGGUAUAGUAGUCGUUUGGUUUGUUUGUCUUUUUGUAAUUUGUAAGUCUGCUUACCUGGAUGCCAUAGCACUCCGUUUACAGCAUGGAUAGCCUUCACACAACAAGUUACAUAAUUAUUUGCAGCUGAAGUGAUCCUGUACCAGGAACAAUGGAAAAGGGUCACUAAAGUAGAAAGCUAGUUUAGGGAUUGUUGCUUCUUCUAGCUCUAGCCCUAGAACAUAGCCAUAAUUAUUUCUAGGAUCCUAGUCCACAGUGCAUGUCUCAUCCAUACUAAAACUCCAUUCUUAAAAGUUUCAGAUUCCUCUUAGUCUAGAUUCUCUAGAAUUUCAUUGCUCGCUACUUAGCCAGCUUUCAUGAUUCAUACAUACUAACUGUAUUUAUGUAAACAACCGAGAGUUAGCCAUUCAGUGCUCUAGUUAUGUGUGUAAUUAUUAGUUUUCGGAAUGUUCUCUUACCUGUUACUCUUUGUGAUUCUAAACAUGUCUCACAUCUUCCCCUUACAAUUAAUUAUUACUUGUGUAACCGUUAUAUUGGUUACAGGAUAUCUACAAUAGAGCAUAUAGCUUCCUUAUGAUAUCAAAAUAAUUUCCAUAUACGGUAGGAACUAUGAAUCUUGGCAGUGGCUUAGGUCUUUUUGCUCUGGGUGUUUUAUGUAAUAGCUAGGCACUAGCUGUUUUGGAGGUGCAUGUCUAUGGGAUUUUAAAGCCCAAAGGCACUGCUUUAGUAUCCUGAGCCGUAGCGAGGGUACUACACAGACAAAACGGUGUCUAACUCAUUUGGAUAUACUAUUGCGCAUGCGCAAACCUUGCCUCGAGGCUCAAGUGCAAAUUUAGCAGGAUUAUUGUACUGAUGACUGCUUACCGGAAGCCACGCCUUUAAAUCUUUGCAUGUUAAAGCAGAUAAUUCUAAUUAAAGAACAAUUUUCAUGUGGGAUUGCUAACCCACGAAAUCCGACAGUACGGCAUGCAAUCUCUUUCACGUUGUAAUAGACAGCCCCGAGUAAACUAUGGGAAACACAGAUUGUAAAUUACAUUCCCAAUCCCUUUUCGUUUAUCUAUUAUUGCACAUGUGUCAGUUCCAUUGUUGUCUGAACAUCAUAUCUUGGAUGGUUGGAAUAAAAUCGUGCUGUGUACAACAUCCACGUGGGUGUUAAAAGUGCUGAUUCAGCACUUACUGUUUGAAAGUUUUCUUGUUUGUUUUGAGCAGCAGUGAAGUAAUUUUAGUGUUGCUUAUAUUCACUCCAUACUAAAUAGGUCAUACUAAAGCUGAUGGGAAGCUCGAUAUUAGCGGCAAGUACCUCAGUUCGGAGAUACAUUACUUUUUCCGAAAUUCCAACUAACGCAUACUUUGUUUUCUGGCUUAUUUACGUCAUUGCAAGAGCUGCGACGUUGCUAUUCAACCCAGCUUGUUCCUAAGGCAUGUAAGUGGGCUUGUGUAGGGUCAGAUUCUGCAUAACACUGUUUAUUUUAGCUUACCUAUAGUGCUAAUGCACUUUACAAAGUAAUGCCCCACCUCCCCCCUACCGGGGAUUAGUUGUGGAUUAGACUUGAAGUUGCUCCCCUACCUAGGGGAAUUAGAUAGAUCACCUGAUGCAUGCAUUGGGUCAAAGGUCAUUUAAAGAUCACAUAAUGUCUGCCACACUCUUCCUUCCAACACAUGCUGAGUACGAGUACAGUGAGAGCAAAAUUUACAGUUUAUUGAUCCUGAGCAAUCUCUGCCUUCUUGACUUCACUAGCUCUAUAGGAGUAUAGCUGUCAAUAUUUAUAUAGUAAUUCUGAUACUUCAAAUAAUCUGUUUAUCUUAUCGCUAGAGUGUGAUACAGGUCUAAUCCCCACAUCACCCCCAUGUUGUACUAGGGGCUACCAGGAGAUUAGACCAAAUAACAUGCCCAAAGGUAGGGGUAUUAGAUUAGGUGAUUGGUCUAAUCCCCACCUAUCCCCGGUAUGGGGGGGGUGGGGCAUUAGAUUGACAAGUGCAUAAAUCGUUCUAAAAUCAAUGUCGUUCGAAGUUCCAUUGUUUACUCUACUCUACAGUAAUUUGUUUGUGUGUGUUUGUUGUGUGUCUGUCUGUCUGUCUGUCUGUCUGUCUGUCUGUGUAGACUGCUACAGCUGCUCAAGGAUCAAUGAAGUGCAAGUAAGAGUUCUAUAGGCUUCUAGUCAUGUUUUCAAUUCGUGGAUUUGUAAAAUAGUGCUUGGUUCUCGAGUUAUGCUUACUUGCAUGGAAUGCCAUUGCAGCCUUUUCAGAAAGGUGCAUGCGUAGCAAAUCUUGAUCCUGGAGUGUUGCUACUUUACUUAGUAGUUAGCUCUGCACUACAACCUAGCUAUUGGUGGCUGCAAAGUGAGAAGAGACCUGCAAGGCAGCCAAUAUUAUACUUUUAGACUUUGACUUUUGGCAUAGAUCGUUUUUAACAACAAUCAUGGUCGAUCAUUACCGACUAUUUGAGUUUUCCCUGUGACUCUGGAUUCUGCCUGCAGUAAUUAAUGCAAACAUGUUCAGCAUGAUAUAAGGUGUGUAUAAAAGCUAUUGCUAAUAGCUAUAGUAGCUUUAUUAUGUUAUGUUGCUUUGACACCUUCACUGAGGCAUCAGCACUCGCGGUGCUUUCAUUAUAUAUUGCAUGCAUAUACCGUACAGCACGAAAUUUUUGCUGUUUUCGUGGGCAAUCCUCCACGAAAAUUAGGUCCACGACAUGCCUAGCUAACAGAAGACACAACACAAAACGCUUUUAGAAGGCAUUUCACGCUAUACGGUAGUAGUUCUUAUAUAUUCAAGCGUAGCAGACAUAAUUACAGCACCACCACCUGAACCUGCUGAGUAUUAUUUUUGAGGCCACCCUAAAAAGCGCCAAAAGAGAUAAUUGAUUGGAAGAAAAGAAAUGGUACACAAAAACUAAACAAACCUACCUGAUUCUUUCCAUUGUUGUUGGAUUCAAGUUGCCUAACACGAACGAAGAGUUGCCUUUUGUGAAUGUUGAUGAGCUAUUAGAGAUUUAGUUGGGUGUGUCUCACAGUGACUUCAUACGGUGUUAUAGCGAUAGAAACUGCAUGACCACUUUGUGUAUGCUGAGUUGUAUGUAAAGUUGCACAUUAACAGAAUGCAUGUUCAUAGUACUCGUUUUGUCUUUAUUUAGCUCAUUGUUAUAUAGACAUCUAUAGCUAGAAAAUUGUUUUGGCCCUAUCGCCUGAUGUUGUAUAACUGCAUGUGCAGCUUUCCAUGCAUGGUUGGUAUUUGGUAGUCUCGCGAGUAAACGUUAGAGGGAGAGGGAAUCAGUGCAAUAUAGUUUCCUCUAGGAAAAUGUUGCGCUCGUGUGACUAUAUACGUAUUUGGUAUAAGAGAGGCUGCACACUGUCUCCAGAAAUACCUUGCAGCUGAGCGACAAAUGUGGCAGGUGUUAAGGGUGCUGGAACACCUACGCCCACGUACGCCCACACACACGUUGCUAGGGAAAGCUAACUAUGAAACUACCUGCAGGGGAGACAUGGAUCCUUCACAGGAUUAUGAAGCAACACUCUACUAGUGUGCACUCCAAAAAUGGAGAGGAAAGGAUGAUGAGAGCAGAUUUUACACUUGAUUUUCAUAAUCUAGAUAAAAGAAGUUCUGUCUAGAAAACCAGUAGAGCUAUGGACUUGAUCGUUUGUUUGCAGGUGCACUACACACAGCUCUUCAACAUUACGAAGAGCUUUUGUUGUAAAAUCCCUUUGUUUUCUAUUUAUGAGAAUUUUUUGUCAUGACACACCCUCUAGAGAAAAAUCUAGACCGUAUAUGGACAAAGUCAGCUCGUAACUUUGUUCACCUUACCUAAUUAUAGCAGCAUGCUAAAUAUAGACCAAGUCCUGUACGUAGAUAGUCAGAUCGAACACUUUUCGAAUCACAUCAUCAAACAAGACACACACUAUGGGCAGGAGAUCAUCUCGGAGUCACUAAUGGCCAAAUCUACCGUAGGCCAACAAAACAGAGAUAGAACCAAGAACGACAUCAACACACUGACGCCACUACUCUCUACCAACAUGCAAAGAUCUGUCAAUCUGUCUAAAGAGAAGGGUGCAUCGUCAUGGCUAACCACCCUACCGCUCAAAACCCAUGGUUUCACCCUCCACAAACAAGCCUUUAGAGACGCCCUAUCUCUGCGUUAUGGUUGGACUCCAAACAAGCUACCCUCGAAAUGUGCCUGUGGUUCUUCCUUCACAGUAGAACACGUUCUCUCUUGUGCGAAGGGCGGCUUUCCGUCCAUUCGGCAUAAUGAGAUCAGAGACUUGACUGCAGAUCUUCUUAGUGAGGUCUGCAACAACGUGUGCACAGAACCAGAACUGUUACCGGUUACAGGGGAGAACCUAGCAGGAGCAAGUGCCAAUAUACAACCGGGUGCACGCCUAGACAUUGCAGCCAAUGGAGUAUGGGGUGGCUCCUUUGAAAGAACUUAUUUUGAUGUCAGGGUAUUUAACCCACACGCUGCAUCCAACAGACACACCGACCCUCAAACAGUCUACCGCAAGCACGAGCAAAUAAAGAAAAGGGCCUAUGAACAAAGAAUUCUAGACAUCGAACAGGCAUCCUUUUCCCCAUUAGUCCUCUCUGCAACAGGAGGCUUAGCUCGUGAAGCAACCACCUUCUACAAGAGACUCGCUUCGAUGUUAGUGUCUAAAUGGGACCAAUCAUACAGCAGCACACUAUGCUGGCUCCGUUGCCGACUAACCUUUUCCCUCCUUCGCUCAUUGAUCCAAGCCAUCAGAGGGUCCAGAUCGUCAAGUGGACACCCCUUUAGAUCUGGGGCCAUCGACCUGGUGAUCUCGGAGACCCACCUCCACCAAUAAACUGAACCUUUGCAUGUACCCUUAAUCCUCUUUAUUUUCUGUACCCUCCACCUUUCAUUGUGUCUACAUAGAAGCCCAUUCCCCUACAUGCUAUUAUUUUACCUUUUGCUAAUGAGAAAAAAAAAAAAAAACACUUUUUAUAUCUGGCUCUAGCGUACGCGUACGCUAGAGUAUAAAUUAAGACGUAAGCCUGUAGACCACGCCCCAAUUGCGUACGUAGAGUGCAGAAUUAGCGUUGAAGAUCAAGAGCCAUUAAUUUUGUUAGUAGCCUGAAGAGAAGAGAUAGGCAACGCUGGGGCUACAGACAGCGCUGACAAUUGGCUGGCUCAUAGACUUCUGCCAGGGUUGGCUGCUGUUUUGAUGGACUUUGAAGGUAAACUAUGAACUAGCUUUGCUAGCUUGAUACACAGGGCCUUGCUUUUCACUCCCUUCCCCUUCAGAGCUUCCAUGAAAGCCUGUGUAAUACCACUCUUGGACCUCAGUGUCACCAGAGUGCUGUGCUCCAGGCCAAGUUGGACCAGUCUCUUUGUCUGGGCUGCAGUAAUGCUUGGCUUCCCCGGGCAUCAGAUUGGUGGAACCUCUGCUUUUGUGAGGUCCACACAGCUCCAUCUGCAGACCGAAUAGGGAGGUUGGGGAGGCAGCUGAUCAGUGAAUGGUGUGUCGUAACUGCCUCCAUCACCAGGACAUCUGGAAAUGAGCUUCUGACCAUUCUGCUAACUUGGUGGCAAGGAUCUCCAGCUUCUGAAGGAUGCGAUGCCAUUGUGUGCUGGAACAUGGUGGAAGACCCAACCAGCCACUCAACCGGACGUAUCAACAUGCAGGUGGCCAUAGGAGAAAGGACAACACUGGAUAGUGCCAUGAACAGCUCGAAUCGUGGAUAGUACAACGUCCAAAGCACUGAAGAGAAACGUCUCCACUCGACACAAAUGAAGACAGUGUGUAUUAACAUCAAGAGACAAUCCAACCUGCUGUGUGACUAAUGCUAGUUGAGGAACUUGGACACUCGUGCUGAUUGUACCGACUGGGGUCUAUUGGCACACUUACGUUUCUCCCAUCUACUACUGAAGGCACUCCUUUGCUACAAAUCUGGCUCUGUAUUUAUUGGAUUGUGUUAUUUUGUUAUUGAUUUAUUAGUUUGUGUAGCUACCUGAUUUUCUUUUGCAGCUUGUAGUUAAUUUAAUUGAAGACAUUCUCACAAAACCAC